AUGGACGCAACCGAGCUAAAGAGAGUGUUCCAGAUGUUCGACAGGAACGGGGACGGGAAGAUCACCAGGAAGGAGCUGAGCGACUCGCUGCAGAAUUUGGGGAUCUACAUUCCGGAGGGGGAUCUCACGCAGAUGAUAGAGAAGAUCGACGUCAACGGCGACGGGUUCGUCGACAUGGACGAGUUCGGGGAGCUUUACCAGACGAUAAUGGACGAGCGCGACGAGGAGGAGGACAUGCGGGAGGCAUUCAACGUCUUCGACCAGAACGGCGACGGGUUCAUCACCGUUGAUGAGCUCAGAUCUGUGCUGGCCUCCCUCGGGCUCAAGCAAGGCCGGACCGUCGAGGACUGCCGCAAGAUGAUCAUGAAGGUCGACGUCGACGGCGAUGGGAUGGUGAAUUUCAAGGAGUUCAAGCAGAUGAUGAAAGGCGGCGAGACCUCCUUUGCCGAUUCUACCCCUUCGAUUCGCACCGUCAACGUCGCCACCGUGAAAAUUAUCGGGAAGAACAACCGGGUCCUCAUCGAAUCGCAUCAGGAGCUUUCCGACGGGACGGUGAGGAGCCGACACCGGCCCUUGUCGGAGAAGAUGAAGCCCGAUGAGAGCCCUGAUUCUGCCGUCCUGCGGGCGAUCCGAGAGGAGCUCGGGUCGAUUGCCGGUGGGGAAGUGCGGAUUGUGUCGGGUUCGUACAGGGAGAAGGUGGAGGAGAGGUGUUCGGCUUCGUACCCUGGUUUGCCGGCGAGAUAUAUGUUGUACUCGGUGGACGCGAUUGUGGACGGGCUGCCGGACGACGAUUUUGUGACAGAGGAAGGGGAUGAGUAUGGGGAUUCGGAGGAUAAGAAGGUUGCCGAUCAAGCUGUGACUGUUAGAAAGCAUUUCUGGAAAUGGAAAAGGAUCGCUCGCCUCUGCGUGCCUGAGAGCCAGUUAGCCUCUCGGGACAAGAUCGAGCUGAAAAGCUUGGAUGUGGAUCUAGACAAGGAAGUUGACGGCCCUGUGGAAGAAAAUACUGGUGUAUCAGAAGCGGAGUCAAAUCUAGAACCAUACGUUGGCAUGGAAUUUGAAUCUGAAGAUGAUGCCAGAAAUUUUUACGUCGAGUAUGCUAGACGGGUUGGAUUUUUUGUGCGUGUUAUGCAACGUCGCCGUUCUGGGGUUGAUGGAAGGACUCUUGCUCGUAGACUUGGAUGCAACAAACAGGGAUUCUCGCCUAAUAAUAAGGGCAGACUUGUACAAGAUAAGAAGCCACGAUCAAGUGCCCGUGAGGGGUGCAAAGCAACAAUCUUAGUUAAAUUGGAGAAGUCAGGAAAAUGGGUUGUCACAAGAUUUGAAAAGGAACAUAAUCACCCCUUGGUUGCAACUGCCAAUGGUUUCAAUGCAGCGGGUGACAAGGACAAGAAAAUUGAAGAGCUUACCAAAGAGCUGGAUCUCCAGGAUCAUUUAUGUUCAGUUUAUAAAGAGAAGUUACUUAGUUUUAUCAAAAGUGUUGAGGACCAAACAGAAGAAUGGUCUUCCAAAAUCCAAGUUAUUGUUGACAAUGUGAGGAAAGUUGAAUCUGAGGUACAAAAACAGUCCCACAAUAGAUAG